AUGUGUAUGUUUUUCUUCACCCCCAUGCCUGUCACCAUUCGCACUGAAAUCACAAUUGACGCUUCUCCAGAGUCGGUUUCGGCCAUUCUGUUUGAUUUCAACAACUACCAUAAAUGGAAUUCGUGGAUCUCCAUCUCGGGACCUCCGCCACUAUCCCACAAAUCAACCUAUUAUCUCUCUCUGGUAGGAGAACAACUUACAAUGGACCAAGGAGAACUUCACUAUGCACCUGUGAUCAUGCUGGCAUCUCCAAGUGUUUUGAAAUGGACUUGGUACGAGAAACACAAGUGGUUCAUGUCUCAUGAACACUACUUUGAGAUUGUUCGCUCCCAAAAUGACUCACAAAAAUGUAUCUUGAGACACGGAGAGAGAUUCUCAGGGGCAGGAGCAAGAGCGAUGUGCUAUACCAAGUACUAUCAGAAGAUACAGGCAGACUUUGAAGGUUUCAAUAAAGAACUGCGCAUCCUGGCGGAAUCCAGAGACAUGGUGGAGAUGAUUUCCAAGAGUUGA